AUGAGCUCUGUUCUAAAUAAGCUCAAGACCUACCUCCCGCGUCACCGCAAGUCCGAUCUCGAGGCCAAGUACAAGGUCGGCGAGGAGCUGGGCUCCGGUAACUUCAGUAUCGUGCGGCUUUGUACCAAUCGCACUACCGGCCAGCGCUUCGCUCUGAAGAUCAUCGACAAGAGCCUGGUCGCCGGCAAGGAGGAGAUGAUCGAGACCGAGACGGAGAUCCUGCGCCGCGCCAAGCACGUCAACAUCGUGUCCAUGAUUGAGGCCUUCGACACCCCGAGCAAGCUGUACAUCGUCAUGGAUCUCGCCACCGGUGGUGAGCUUUUCGACCGCAUUGUUGCCAAGGGCAGCUACACCGAGCGCGACGCGUCGCACCUGGUCCGCGAGAUCCUCGAGGGCAUUGCCUACCUGCACGAGCGGGACAUCGUCCACCGUGAUCUGAAGCCGGAGAACCUGCUCUUCUCGGACCCGAGCGAUGAGGCCCGGAUCAUGAUCACGGACUUUGGUCUGUCCAAGUUCACCGACACCACCUCCUCCUCGGUGCUGAUGACCGCCUGCGGCACGCCCGGCUAUGUUGAGGGCAAUUUCACUACCGUGCUAUCAUAA